UUAAACAAAUGCAGAGUUACGACAGGACUUUGUCUGACAGUUAAUCGGCCCUAUUUUUGAUAUGUUGUCAACAUUUGUCUACAACAUUACAGAAUUCUGCAUCAAUCAUUACCGACAACCUACAAAAAUGUAAAAAACAUUCAUUGACAAAGAAGCAAAAGAUUAUGAGAUCCAUGUACGUACAUGACAGGAGUCUGACCCAGUACUGGAUUAAGUUGGUGAAAGUCACCUUAAUUCCUGUCCAAGUCAAACAUUAGAGGUAACUCUUGUUCACAUUUUGAAACAGCUGAUCGUACGCAGCUGUUAGGAGGCAAUGACUCACAAUACAGUAACGUGUUUAAAAUAACAGUAAACAACAUUUACUGCACAAAUUGCAAUACUGAUAAUCACUGAGCACUAUAGUUUCUGUACAAAACAGAAGAAGGUCACGUAUAUUGUUUUGUAUUUUGCAUGUUUUUGUGACCUAAAUGCCAAAAUCUGUAUCUCAGGGGUUAAACUUCAAGGGAGGGUCACUGAGACUAAGGCCAUGGACAUGACCUGUGAUCGAACCACAACUGAGCUAAUGUUUUACUAUGGUAUUGCAUAUACACAUCCAAUAUAAGGCACCCAGCCACCCUCCAGAUUCAUCAUCCAGCGGCUGAUGAUGCUAAGUUCGGCACAGCAAUGACAGAAAAAUCUGUAUUUUAUAGCUUUCCUGUCGAACUUGCGAGAACUUACGUCAAACAAACCUUCAUCUGAACUGGCUCGAUUGCUGGAGAAGAAAUCAAACUUUUGAAUAACUGAAGAAACAACAGUUACUAUCAAAAUGAUCUGGGGCCUGUGUUUGCUUUGUCUGGCUGUGGGUUUAGAAGCAGUCCAUGCAGGUCCAAUCAGGAAGACCGGCAAGAUUGAAGACAAAGUUGCACCACAAGAAGAAGUCAAUGUGCUCAUGUUUGGUGUCAUACAAUUCAGUGAAUCCCUUAACGAUGUUUAUGAAACCACUGAGGCAAAGAUCGCAAAAGUCAGCCAGACGUUGAAGAGAUACGAGGGGAGUCUCCAAAACCUGGUGAAGCAGACUGAGCAAGCUGCAGAAGUGGAGAAACAGAUAAAAACAGUAGUACAGCUGCUGAAGACCCAGAUGGCUGUGCAACAGGUUCACACCAAGAUGACUAAAGACUAUCUGACCGGGAUAGAGAAGGAAGCAGUGGAGUUGAAGACAAAAGUGAAGAGGCUAGAGAUGUACCUCAACAAGUCUGUACCCACCAGUGUUAAGGAGCUGAAGGAGAGAGCACAGGAGCACUCCAACAUCUUGAAAGGUUUACAGCAUUUGACCCAGUUCCAAAAAGAGAACAUUGACACUCAGAAUGAGCACCUCUCCAAACUGCAGAAGAUGAGUGAAGCAAUGGCAUAGUUGUUUCAAGAUUCACCACUGCUCUGAUUGACAGCAUCCGUCUGGAUUUCAAUUCCUUCAUGUCACUGCACUCCUUUCUGACCCUGAAUUUAUGUGUAUGCUAUAAAUUCACUGUAUGGUUUUACAAGUGUCGUUGUAAAUGUGUCCUUAUUAUUAUGGCUCUAAUCUAUUUUUUUUAUCUUAACUUCAAUGUGCUUUGUAAGUUUUUUUUUUUAAAUAUUCAAAUUUAGAUGUUAAAUUAUAAAAGAAUGAGAUUUAACAAACUG